AUGUCUUCUCCACUAAGAAUCGCCAUUGUCGGUGGUGGUCCCGGUGGACUAACCGUUGGCCUCCUGCUACAUCGGCAUGGAAUCAAAUCCACUAUAUUUGAGCUCCGUCAAAAGCCCACCGACGAAGAACUGGCCAAGCCUUCCGGCAUGCUUGACCUUCACGAGGAAUCCGGCCUUGCUGCCAUCAGGGAGUGUGAGCUAUACGAUCAAUUCCUCCAGCUCACGGGCGAGUGUUCAGAGGCACAAAAGGUCUCCGAUAAAGAUGGCAACAUUAUACACGAGGACAAAGGAGAGCUCAGUGAACGGCCGGAAAUCUCCCGCCACUCUCUCACGAAGCUUUUGAGUUCGCAUGUACCAGCCGAAAACAUCAAAUAUGGCUGCAAGCUCUUCUCAGCCACAAGCGUAACUGUGCUUAAUGGCACUGAGACAGAACUAGACUUUGGUCCCAACGGCAAAAAGCGGUUCGAUUUAGUAAUCGGUGCCGACGGAGCAUGGUCCCAGGUUCGCAACAUGCUAUCAGACAUCAAACCUCAGUACGCUGGAACACAGAACAUUUCCCUCACUAUUCGGCACAUUACGGCUAAAUACCCACAUCUGGCAGACUUUGUUGGACGAGGUAGCUUCUCCGCGCUUGGCUCCCGACACGGCGUCAUGUCUCAGCGCGGGCCGCAAGACUCAGCUCGCAUCUAUAUCUUCCUGACAACACCGGAUGAACACUUCUCCACAUCAGUAGGACUGAAGGGUCGCCCUGCUUCAGCUGCAAAGGAGCCUCUUCUGAACAAUGACGAAUUGCUCGGAUGUUUUGGUACUAAGAUCAAGGAGCUGGUUACGGUUGCAUGCGACGAAGAAACAAAGGACAACCCAGGCGCCGCACUGGAUAUCAGGCCACUGUAUACGUUGCCAAUUGGUGUUUCAUGGAAUCACAAACCAAAUGCAACACUCAUCGGAGAUGCUGCACACUUGAUGUGUCCCUGGGCUGGUGAAGGGGUCAACCUCGCAAUGUGGGACUCGCUCUUGCUAGCCCAUGCCAUCAUUAAAGCUGACAAUAUAUCCAAGGAUGGAAACGCCUCAUUCCAAUCCGUGCUGGGACCAUUGAUGAAGGAAUUCGAGGAUGAGAUGUUUGUGCGCACAAAAGAGAAAGCGGAGGAGACUUAUAGCAACGGCCAGAUGUUGUUUGGAGAGGACGGUGCGGCGGCUUUCAGAGACUUUUUCCAAGCAGCAUAUGCUCAGAUGAAGGGAGAGGAAAGCUAG